AUGUUCAUAAAUCGCUGACUAUUCUCAACUAAUCAUAAAGAUAUUGGCACUUUAUACCUACUAUUUGGUGCCUGAGCAGGAAUAGUGGGCACCGGCCUAAGCUUAUUAAUUCGUGCUGAACUAGGUCAACCUGGUACAUUAAUCGGAGAUGACCAAGUCUAUAAUGUACUAGUAACAGCCCACGCCUUUGUAAUAAUCUUUUUCAUAGUUAUACCCAUCAUAAUCGGCGGAUUUGGGAAUUGAUUAGUCCCCUUAAUAAUUGGAUCACCCGACAUAGCCUUCCCUCGUAUAAACAACAUAAGCUUCUGGCUACUUCCUCCUUCCUUCCUACUACUUAUAGCGUCCUCAAUAAUUGAAGCUGGUGCAGGUACAGGCUGAACUGUAUAUCCCCCUUUAGCCGGAAAUCUAGCACAUGCAGGAGCCUCUGUCGAUCUUACCAUUUUUUCCCUACACUUAGCAGGUGCAUCCUCAAUCCUAGGAGCUAUCAACUUUAUUACAACUAUUAUUAAUAUAAAACCUCCCGCUAUAACUCAAUAUCAAACACCUUUAUUCGUAUGAUCAGUUCUAGUCACAGCAGUACUACUUCUACUAUCAUUACCCGUUCUAGCAGCUGGAAUUACUAUACUACUAACAGACCGAAAUCUAAAUACAACCUUUUUUGAUCCUGCAGGAGGAGGAGAUCCAAUCCUAUAUCAACAUCUUUUCUGAUUCUUUGGCCAUCCCGAAGUAUAUAUUCUAAUUCUGCCUGGCUUUGGGAUAAUCUCACACAUCGUAACCUAUUAUUCAGGAAAAAAAGAACCUUUUGGGUAUAUAGGGAUAGUUUGAGCUAUAGUUUCCAUCGGAUUUCUAGGCUUUAUUGUAUGAGCCCAUCAUAUAUUUACAGUCGGAAUAGACGUCGAUACGCGAGCAUACUUUACAUCAGCCACUAUAAUUAUUGCUAUUCCUACAGGAGUCAAAGUUUUUAGUUGACUAGCAACGCUUCAUGGAGGAAACAUUAAAUGAUCUCCCGCUUUAAUAUGAGCCCUAGGCUUUAUUUUCCUCUUUACUGUAGGCGGCUUAACCGGCAUUGUCCUGGCUAACUCAUCUUUAGAUAUCGUACUUCAUGAUACCUAUUACGUAGUUGCUCACUUCCAUUAUGUACUUUCAAUAGGAGCUGUCUUUGCCAUCAUAGGAGGAUUUGUCCACUGAUUUCCCCUAUUCUCAGGAUAUACACUCAACUCAACAUGAGCAAAAAUUCAUUUCGUAAUUAUAUUUGUAGGUGUAAACCUAACAUUUUUUCCUCAACAUUUCCUAGGCUUAUCCGGCAUACCUCGACGAUACUCAGAUUACCCAGAUGCUUACACAACAUGAAAUACUAUCUCAUCAAUAGGCUCAUUCAUCUCACUAACAGCAGUCAUACUAAUAAUUUUUAUUAUCUGAGAAGCAUUCGCAUCUAAACGAGAAGUAUUAACAGUAGAUCUAACUUCUACCAAUCUUGAAUGACUAAAUGGGUGCCCUCCACCAUACCAUACAUUUGAAGAACCAGCAUUCGUCAAUCCAAAAUGAUCAAGA